AGCCGGCGAGUCUCGGCUCCGGGUCUCCUAAAGACGACUCUGGCCCUUUAAGCCGCCAGGGGCCCGUCGGGUCACGUGGGCCGCGGGCACCGGAAGGGGAAGUUUCCCUGGUGAGCGCUGCCGCCUCGUCCGUCCGAAUUCGGUGGCGCCACGUCCGCCCGCCGGUCUCCGCCUCCUGGCCCGCGGGCUGCGCCCCUGCUUUCCCUGGCCGAGCCGGCCGACGAGCGAGAGCGAGAGCGCGGGCGCGCGCCGCGGGCUGGGCACGGGAGGACGCGCGGCGCUGCGCGGCCGGCCGCCUGACGGGUGACCAUGUCGGACAUCGGGGACUGGUUCAGGAGCAUCCCGGCCAUCACGCGCUACUGGUUUGCUGCCACCGUCGCGGUCCCUCUGAUCGGCAAGCUCGGCAUCGUCAGCCCGGCCUACUUCUUCCUCUGGCCCGAAGCCUUCCUCUAUCGCUUCCAGAUAUGGAGGCCAUUCACUGCCACCUUUUAUUUCCCCGUGGGUCCAGGAACUGGAUUUCUUUAUUUGGUCAAUUUAUAUUUCUUAUAUCAGUACUCUACACGGCUUGAAGCAGGAGCUUUUGAUGGGAGGCCGGCAGACUAUUUAUUCAUGCUUCUCUUUAACUGGAUUUGCAUCGUGAUUACUGGCUUAGCAAUGGAUAUGCAGCUGCUGAUGAUUCCACUGAUCAUGUCCGUGCUCUAUGUCUGGGCCCAGCUCAACAGAGACCUGAUUGUGUCCUUUUGGUUUGGAACGCGAUUUAAGGCCUGUUACUUACCUUGGGUUAUCCUUGGAUUCAACUAUAUCAUUGGAGGCUCGGUGAUCAAUGAGCUCAUUGGAAACCUCGUUGGACAUCUUUAUUUCUUCCUGAUGUUCAGAUACCCAAUGGACUUGGGAGGGAGGAACUUCCUGUCCACACCUCAGUUUUUGUACCGCUGGCUCCCCAGCAGGAGAGGAGGGGUGUCUGGGUUUGGUGUGCCCCCUGCUAGCGUGAGGCGAGCUGCUGAUCAGAACGGUGGAGGCAGACACAACUGGGGCCAGGGCUUCCGACUUGGAGACCAGUGAGGAUUGCCUCUGGCCUGCCCACCAGCCACGUGAAGCAGGUGACAGCGACCUGUCCUCCCAGUGCCGGGCCAGCCUCAUGGCCAAGAUUUUGCCGCCGCUCUUGGACCUGACCCACGCUGAAUGUAGUCUUUCAGUACGAGACGAGAUUUUUAAUCCUGAAGGAAAAUACAAGUGUUGCUCAAGUUUCAUGCUUCCCAUUCAAGUCCUUACUGCUGUGAAGAACAAAUAUCAGCCGUGUAGAUUUCAAACCCGACUGCUUUGCUGGUGUCUUCUCUUCCUCCCUGCCCAAGUGGGGUUGGUUAGCCAAGCCCUGCCAGAGGGUCCCCUCCUCUUUCUCACACAUGUCCCCAGCUGCAGCUAGAGUUGUUCACAAAAUGGUUCUGCCUUUGACAGACUCUUGUUCAUUGACUUUUGCCAAAGCUUGGUCACAAAGAGCUUGUUCGCGCCUGGCUCUCAGCUGCUCUGUCAGGACCGGGACAGUAGGGAGAAGACUGGAGCGGAGACGAAAGGCUUUCUCAGCUGUGGGGACUGUGUCAGCCUGACAGCAGGGCGGCCAUUUGCUGCCUCCUCAGAUAUUUUUAUACAAAAAGCACCACUGAGUCAGCGAGGGCCCAGACUGGGAUAAUGAGGUUUAGGAGUUGUUGCGACGCUCUUUUCUCCCCCUAAGCCAAGUGAUGGAUCAGAACUAUAGCGGAGUUGCUUCUAACACAGAGAAUGGGUUUAAACACGAUCUCUUUGUAUUUCUUCCAUGGGAUGUACUGGCUUGUGUACACAGAGAAGUUGUGCUGUGCUGUGUUGUUUGGAGGUUCCAAAUCAUGUUGGCCAGACAGAUGUCCCUCGAGGCCAGCCUCGGGCAUUGAUUCCAUUUCAUCCUCAUUGUGGGUGUGUGCUCAUUGAGUCGGUGGAGGAGACAGCAUCAGACUCUUGACAUUUUUCUGCCAUUGUUUUUGUCCCUUAACUUUCGGUCGAGUGUUUUGUUAAUGGUGAAGGAAUUAUGGCUCUUUGGAUGCUUGUCAAUCCGUUUUUAAGGCUAACAGAAGCACAGGGCUUAAGUCACACGGAAUUAGAAUUAUUCACAUCUCUGUUGUCUUGGGUCAUGCAUGUAUACACUUUGUGAAUCAGACCUAUUCUCUUUUUAUAGGUGGGCUUUAGCCUGCUGAGCACAGCUCAUCACUAAAUAAAGUUUUCUGAAGGCUUUAUAUAGUUACUUUAUGCUUUUGUUCAGAGUCCAGGCUUCUGGGAGCAGAGUCGUGUGGCCGCUAUACUUUAAAUGCUGUCAAAAGGUUUCUGACACUUCGGUUGGUUCCUUGCAGGAAAUGGGCCCUAACAGUAUGACUUGUCUUUCUCUGUGCAUUGAAACUGAUGUGUGUUAUAUUAGGAAGGGGCGUGGGUUAAAAAGAGCUGCUUUCCAAAAGUGUGUGGGCCUCUCCUUGUUUAAUUUGUGUGAUAAACUGUUAGGUGGAGAGAGGCUGAACCUGAACUCCACAGGCUCUCCACCGACCUGAGGCUGUGAUAACGUGUUUAUAAAAUCCCAGACGCCACUCUCCCUGUGCAAAGUGGAGGCUCGAACUUGGAAAAGACUCUACCAGCGAGAGAGUGAGAGAUUGCUCUGUGCCCUCUUACCAGGCUGGCUCCUGAGAGCACUGGUUGUUCUAAGGGUCUGCAAGUGUGUAGAACUUUCCUGUUCAAGGCAAAAUGUUGAUUAGAGUUUUUGUUCCGGACAUGGUUAGGAAGCUGAUAGUUUUAUAAUCUUGCCUGGAUUACCAGUCCUUCCAGGAUAUUUUUACCAAAGCGAGCUGUCUGAGUUUUGACUUCACAAAGUAAGACAUCACAGUGGGUUCUCUUUAUGAAUGUGAAAAAAACUUAUUUUGUACAGACAGCUUUCCUUUUUGUAACUAAUCCUUUUUACUGGUAAAUAUUGUAAAUUAAAAUGUGCAACUUGAAGGCUGUCUAUGUUACGUUUCCAUACCUCUGCUGUGCUGUGUUAUACGAUGUAAUUUAUGUUACUGUCUUCACUGGAUCAGUUUUAUGUGAUCUCCAGUAGUUUUUGAUUAGCAGGACACAGCAAGUCUUUUUGUGUAUGAUUGUUGUUCAUAAUUAGAAAAUGUCGGAAUUCCUGGAA